CAGUCGCGGAGCUAUGGCGCGGAUAGAGACAGGUGGGUGUACUGUGUGACACGAGCUCAUGCGGCGCUACCUCGCCUCAGACACUUUAGACCUAGACCUGGUGGUCAGUUCUGAGUUCAGUAAGGACGAGCGCGCGACCCUACACCAGGCGGCGCAGCGCGCCGGGCCCCAGUCGCGGAGCUAUGGCGCGGACAAAGACAGGUUCCUAGUGGUGAAGAAGAAGUUGGAUCCUUUCUCAUUAGCGCGUGCCGUCAUAGAAAAGGGCGGAGUCACACCCAAGUACAAAGUGUUCAUACCCUCUGACUUGCAGUGGGAGAGAUAGGCCAUAUCAUUUAUAGGAAUUUAGCCGUUAAGUAAAG